GGCGGAGUUUGGCGCUGCAGUUCACAGUAACCUUCCCUCGUAGAAACCUUGGGGGAGGGAUAUCACGACAUAUUACGCGCAAAUACUUUUUCUUUACUGACUUCUGAGGGAGACUGUAAUGGUCAGUGCGUUCGGACUGCUCUGACGUUAUCACGGAGACACUGGUCUUCACUGGAAUGUUAUUAAAACCAGUUUCCUGGCGGUGAAAGAUGGAAAUCCUGACGGUCUGGCCGUCCGGCGUGUGUGAGACCGGAUGAGGCUGAAGCGGCCGAGAUCAGAGCUGGUGAGCACAUUUCUGGAGUAUUGCUGAAGAGGACCUGUGUGCAGGUUCACACUGCACUCGACAGAGUGGAGCUUCUUCACCCAUGGAGAAUUACUUCCAGGCUGAAGCCUUUAACCUGGACAAAGUGCUGGACGAGUUUGAGCAGAACGAAGAUGAAACGGACACCCCCACGCUUACCGACGCCAAGUGGACUCAGAUUCUCGCUCCACCAGCUCACCUCUUAUCUCUGAACCCUGCCUUGACUCACGCUGAUCUCAGUCCACGAGACAGCCCUCUCAACUUCAAACCUCUGCUGGAACCUUUGAGUUCUGGCAGCUCUUCCGUAGUGGAGGUAUCUGCACCUGAUGUGAAACAGGAGCCAGAAACGUGGAGUGAAGAAAGGCCAGUGGAUAUCCACAGCCCCCCUUUGCUCCAGCCCAACAUCGGGAAGCUGGUCAGCGCCGAAGGUCAGGCACUGGAUUCUCCUCCUGCCGUUCAGACGACGAUUGAGAACGGGUGUCCUUCCAAACUAGAGUGUAACGGGGUUAGUAAGGUUCCUCAGCUCAGAGAUGAUCCAAAUCCUCCUUCCACAGAUCCACCCAGCAUCCUGGACUCGUGUGCUGGUCAACAAGAGCAACAGCAGAAUGAUGUUGCUAAGCAGGACAUCGUCUGUUUUUAUGAUGGCAGCUUUUCAAAUCCCGAGGAAGGGCUUGGCCAGGGUGAGUCGGGCUUGAACAAUGGUUCUUUGUCUGUUGAGAUGGAGUCCGGGGGCAUCAAGGAAAUUGAUGAAAUGGACAGUCAUUUUGCUCUUCCAAAAGGAGGUGAUUCUGAGAAAGAGGAGAAUGUGCUGCAAGAACCUGGUAAUGGCACUCAGGAACUUGUAGUCGACCAAGAGUGUCAUUCUACAGACACCGUUCCAAAUGGUACCGUCCUCAAGACUGAAAGCUUCGAGCAAGUGCUUACAAAAGAGAAAGAAGUGAUGAAUAAGGCUUUGGUCAUUGAAUCACCACAUAAUGAGAGAUCUCAUCCCAAUGGUCUGGUUGAAGAAAGCGAAGGAGAUCGCCCAAUCCAACCUCCAGCUCUUUUAAAGGAAGACUCAAUAACCGAGGAGAAGGAGAUGGAGGAGAGCAAACAGGAAUGCUGUGAGCCUAACCGAGGCUCUGAGACGAGCGCGAAACUCAACAAUGGUCGUUUACAACUGGUCAGCGCUCCCUAUGGUGGUGCACGGCCCAAACAGCCCGUCAACCUGAAGCUGCAGAUCCCUCGAGCUUUCUCAGGUCAAGUCCAAAACGAACUUGGCUCCACUGGCAGGAACAAGAACCUGGAGGCCCAGUGCAGGGCAGGUGGCCUUGAGUCGUCCUGUGGGGGUACAGAAUCUAGGGAUGCACGAGUCAAUGGAGAGAGUGGAGAUGGUUCCUCAGGCUUGCACGUUCCCUCUGAGAACCCUGACAAUGACCUCCAGGCAGGUCAGCAGGGGGCCCUCGCGCGGAAACCCUUCAGCUCCCUCGGCGAAGUGGCUCCUGUGUGGGUGCCGGACUCUCAAGCACCAAUCUGCAUGAAGUGUGAAGUCAAGUUCACCUUCACGAAGAGAAGGCACCACUGUCGGGCCUGCGGCAAGGUUUUCUGUGCUGCAUGCUGCAGUCUGAAGUGCAGGCUGAUGUACAUGGACAGAAAGGAGGCUCGCGUCUGUGUUACGUGUCAUCACACUUUAACCAAUGCUCAGGCGUGGGAGAGCGCUGGGAACAGCUCCAGUCAGAGUCCGAACCCCAACAACCCGGCCGAGUACUGCUCCACCAUUCCGCCUCUCCAGCAAGCCCAGGCAUCCGGCGCACUCAGCUCUCCACCUCCCACCGUCAUGGUGCCGGUCGGAGUCCUCAAACAACCGGGCACUGAGGGUUCCUUGUCCCGUGAGCAGAGAAGAGUUUGGUUCGCUGAUGGUAUUUUACCCAACGGAGAAACCACAGACUCCUCUAAAGCACCCACUCCGAACCCGAGUCCGAACCCCGUCCAACCCCCAGCUGUGUCCCAAAUCUCCAACAAAUCCAGCACCAGCACUCACGAGGCGGCCCGCGCUCCUGGCGCUCCGGUGGGAAGCUCAGUCAGUCUGAUCCCAGAGGACGGACUUCCUCCCAUCCUCAUCUCCACCGGAGUUAAAGGAGGUACGGGAGGCCACAUCGCAGAUUAUGCGGUGGAGGAGAAGCCAUCGGAGGUCCUGCUCCUUCAGCAGCUGGAGGAAGGAGGUCCUGAGCCGCUGGUGUUCGUGCUCAACGCUAACCUGCUAGCCAUGGUUAAGCUCGUCAACUAUGUAAACAGAAAGUGCUGGUACGUGAUGUCGAAGGGCAUGCAUGCUGUGGGCCAGGCCGAGGUGGUGGUGCUGCUGCAGUGCCUCCCUGACGAGAAGAGCAUCCCCAAAGACAUCUUCAGCCAUUUUGUGCAGCUUUAUCAGGAAGCUCUCGCAGGAAAUGUCUUGAGCCACCUGAGCCACUCGUUCUUCACGCAGAGUUUCCUGGGCAGUAAGGAGCACGGGGGGUUCCUCUACAUCACCCCCACCUUCCAGUCUCUUCAGGACCUCCUGCUGCCCAACCCGCCCUUCCUGUUCGGGAUCUUAGUGCAGAAGUGGGAGACGCCGUGGGCGAAAGUGUUCCCCAUCCGCCUCAUGCUGCGCCUCGGAGCCGAGUACCGCUUUUAUCCCUGUCCGCUGUUCAGCGUACGCUUCAGAAAGCCUCUUUUUGGAGAAACUGGUCACACCAUCAUCAACCUGCUGGCGGACUUCAGGAACUUUCAGUACACGUUACCGGUGGUCCGAGGUUUGGUGGUGGACAUGGAAGUGAGAAAAACCUGCAUUAAAAUCCCCAGCAACCGCUAUAACGAGCUCAUGAAGGCCAUGAACAAGUCAAACGAGCACGUGUUGGCGAUGGGGGCAUGUUUUAACGAGCGGGCCGACUCGCACCUGGUGUGUGUGCAGAACGACGAUGGAAACUACCAGACGCAGGCCAUCAGCAUCCAUCACCAACCUCGCAAAGUAACAGGAGCGAGUUUCUUCGUCUUCAGUGGAGCUCUGAAGGCCUCAACUGGGUUUUUGGCUAAAACCAGUAUUGUUGAAGACGGCGUGAUGGUGCAGAUCACAGCAGAGACAAUGGAGGCUUUGCGCCAGGCUCUGAGAGAGAUGAAGGACUUCACCAUCGUGUGUGGAAAAGCCGAUCAGGAGGAGACGCAGGAGAACGUCCAAGUCCAGUGGAUAGAGGACGACUUGCACUUCAAUAAGGGGGUGAUCAGUCCGAUCGAUGGGAAAUUGAUGGAGUCUAUAACGAGUGUGAAGAUUUUUCACGGAUCUGAGUACAAAUCCAACGGGAAGGUCAUCCGCUGGACCGAGGUGUUUUUCCUCCAGAGUGACGACCAGCCUAACGGAGACCCCGCAGAUCACAGCCGGCUGACGGAGAACGUAGCGAGAGCCUUCUGCAUGGCUCUGUGUCCUCAUCUCAAACUACUGAAAGAGGACGGCAUGGCCAAGCUGGGGCUCCGCGUCACACUGGACUCAGAUCAGGUGGGAUACCUGGCCGGCAGUAACGGUCAGCCCUUGCUCUCUCAGUACCUGAGUGAUUUGGACAGCGCCCUGAUCCCGGUGAUCCACAGUGGGGCGUGUCAGCUGAGCGAGGGUCCUGUGGUCAUGGAGCUCAUCUUCUACAUCCUGGAGAUCAUCUCUUAAACGAGCUUCUCCAUCUGAACUCCACCUCAUCUCUCCUCCUUCUCUUUUCUCUCUCUCUCUCUCUCUCUCUCUCUCUUUCAUUUGCACUUCAAAGAACAUGAUGCUGCAGAAUCACGGACAGAAGCAGCAGCGGCAGCGUUCCAGCAGAUCACCUAUGCACCAUUUUUACAUACGAACCAUCUCCAAACAUCUCCACCGGAGCCUGGAGUUCCAACAAUCUCAGAGUUUUGGUGCUUUUUUUUUGUUUCUCCUCCACUGUGGAAAUCUGGAAAUGCUGCUGGGAGCAAAACAAAAAAAGAGAGAGGGAAGAGAAAAUGCUUUUGAUCUUGGGUGGACGCUGGAGGUUUCAGAGCGUUGCUGGUUUUCUGAGGAACUCUGCUGAGAGGCUUGUACAGAAAGUCUGAAAAAGUUACAUUUCUUUUGAUAACCAAUGAAAUCGAGAGGAUUUGAGACCCGAAAAUUUCGGCAGCGUCCAAAAAUGAUUCCAUACUGACAGUAUUUAACACUAAAAAGAUGUUUGUUUAUAAAUCCAGUAUAGAAUUAUACAAGAUUUCCUUCCAGCCAGCUAAAAUCCAGUCCUGCUGCAGUACAAUGGGGCAGUCUGUAUGUUUUCCAAAAUUAAAAAAAUUAAAAUGUCCAAAAUUUAAAGCUCUGCAGUGGGCCGGCUAGAUUUUGUUUACAUUUUUCUGCAUUGGAUAUUAGCUCCACCCCUAAGUUGGAACAACUUUAUCCCCUCCCCCACUUCCUUUCAUUAAGAGGGGGGUUUGAUGCGUCCGAUGUGAAUGCUGUUAUUGUAAUUGAGCUUCACUUUGCGGGCAGCAGGGGGCAGCAGAGGCGCUAACAAUCACAAACCGCACCUUUAAUUUCAUGCUAGGGUUAGCCUGUCAGGUGGCUAGUUUGGGGUUUUAUUUGAAAAUGUAAUAUUAAACAAAAUAUUUUAAUUUUUUCCAGCUUGUAACAUUUCCUGUGGGCGGAGUUAAAGUUAACUGAGUUUGACGGCUUAAUUGUAAACAGGAUCAUAAGACACUGUCGCUUCUUCUCAGCUCAUGUUGCUACUGAGCUAGCGUUAUAAAGCUACUGGGUUUGGUCACACAGUGUGAACAUUACGUCAGGUUAGCAUGUUUCCACAGCUAGUCGUUGUUUGCUGUACGUUAUGUAGCUGAUUAUAUCGUAAAAUUAAAACCAGUAGCUAGUAGCCAAUGAGGUCGAAUUAAUCAAGCUGGUAAUUGGCUGAUCAGACUGAGCUUAAACUCCGCCCCUGAUGAUGCAGUUGUGUCUGACACUUGCUGGAAAAUCUUUGGCUAGUUUCUGGAAGUUUUGCUUAAUUCAAAAACAAAACGUCUCAAAUCCACCUCGUUUCAUUGUUUUGUGCAGUUAACCAAUCAGAGCUUGGUCUGUGGGGGAGGGGCAGGGAUGAGUGAUUUAUUUACUGUUAGCUUUAAUCACCAGAUGCUUUAUUUCCACAGAACAGACACUGCUUUUGUUUUUGUCUUUUUUUUUUUGUCUGUAAGUCAGUCAUCCAAAGCUGAAGUGAUGUAGCGUCCAGGCUGAAGCGAGGGGUCAGAAGGAGGGUGGUUUGAGGACGUCAUGUUUACAGAGUGACCACGUGGCUGACUUACUAUGGUUACGAUUUAAACCACAAACUGGUUUUAAUCUGCCCUCGUCUACUAGUCCGCUUCCCCUCAUCUACUUCCCCCCUUCCCCUCAUUCACUAGUCCACUUCCCCUCAUCCACUUCCCCUUGUCCUCUCGUCCAGUUCCCCUCAUCCACUUGUCCACGACCCCUCGUCCACUUCCCCUUGCCCACUAACCAUGUCCAUGUCCCCUCGUCCACUUCCCCUCAUGACUCCGCAGUCUGAAUUCGGAAAACGAACUCUGAAGCCAAUUAAAAUUUGAUCUAAAUGCACUUUGUUCAGUUCGCUAAUCUGCUACGAGGUUCAGACCUGCACCGUUUCACCAAAUCUGUUCAUCUCUUAAUGUCCAGUUAAUUAGCUAACCAGCUAGUAUACUGUGUAGCCACAUCAUGUUUACCAGUGGAUUGUUUCACACUGCAUUCUGGGAGCGAUUGGAAGUUGACCAGGGCGCAUUAAAAAACUGGAAAUGAAUGGAUGAAUGAAUUGAUGGAUGAAGAUGACAGUUUAAACGAAAACGAGGUAAAAAGGUAAGAACAUGAUAAAAUGUCAGGUUCAGACAUCCGUUUAUCUCCUGGUCUGAGCGUCAUGUGAUCCGAAGUGGACCGUAAAUUUAUUGAUUUUAUUACGUCGCUUUGCUCCGAUUGCUACGACUCGUUCGGCGGUAAACCGUCCCGUCGUCAUGGUGACGACUUUCGGAGAAACACGAGGUUAGAAAUUUGACAGUAUUUACAGUUCAUUUGGACUGAAACACGAUGGAAGGAAGUGAAAAAGAAAAUGUAUUCAGAAAGUUGAGUGUGUGAGACUGGGUCAGGGAGAGAACGGUUACAGGUGAAAUCUAGACAGCCAAUCAGAAUCGAGUAUUAGAACCCAUCGUAUUCAUGUGUAAACACGAAAGGUUUUGUUUCAGAGCUUCUGGAAAAUUCACGUUCGGUAAAGAAGCAGGUGAAAGGAUCCGAGUCGAGAUCGCUGUUACUUCACGACGUUUCGGACGUUACUUUAGCUUUAUCUUUCAUUUUUUGCCUUUGUGUACAAAUCCGUGACCUCGGGAAUCCCAUCUGGAAUUUUUGGAACGUUCCCCCUGAAUUUGAGCGCUUUGGCUCGGUUCCAGGAUCGCGUGAUGAGAUUAUUUUAGCGCAGCACUUAAACCUGAAAACUGUUACGAUGUUCCGUUUUGUCUUUCAGCCGCCGUUACCGCGUUCCAUUCAUCUGUUUGAAGUGUUGUGUUGGGGUUUUUUUUUUAUUUCCUGUUUAAGAAGCCGUCCGUUUUUAAACUGCAUGCACGAUGAACCCGGAGCUUUGGUCACAGGGAAUGUGGAACAUUGUGAUUAAGAAUAAGUGACACGUUACACGCUGUGUAUAAAAUAUUUCUAUACGAGGAUCGAGUGAGACGAAAUGAAAUGAAAUAUUAAACCCUGAUGUGGGUGAAAACAAUUCAGAUGUAAAAAUGCCAGAAGCCAAAAAGAAGCAUUAACCUGCUCCAUCUCUGUUUUUUUGUCAAUAAAAAGGAGACUUUAUGAAAAAGCUGUAUUAUAUGUAAAAUAAAACCCUUCUGAAAUGA